CUUGCCAUCUCCCACAGAGCAUGCCAGACCAGAAACAACUCCGCAACAGAGUGAGUAAAGACGCAAAGAUGAAGGUGUUGUACGUGGCCACUUUCCUCAUCGGGCUCCUCUCCCUGGAGAGCACCAGAGCAGCUCCGUUGAAAAAAAACCAAUUCUGGUCAGUGGGCUCCGGUAGCAUAAAGACUGGCAACGUGGGCAACGACAGCUUUAAUGACAACAGCAAAAAUAACCUAUUCUCGGCAGUGGGCUCCUGUAGGAUAAAGAUCGGUAAUGUGGGUGAUGGCAGUUUUGACAACAACAAUAAAAACAACCAAUUCUGGUCAGUGGGCUCUGGUAGCGUACAGAUCGGAAAUGUGGGCAAUGGCAGAUUAAACGACAACAACCAAAACAAACAAUUCUGGGCUGUGUGCUCCGGUAGCGUAAACUCCGGCAACGUGAGCGAUGGCAUCUUUGACAUCAGCGUUGAUGGAAGACUGGGAGGAGGCAUGUCUGCUGAUGGAAGCCUUGCAGGCAAUGUGUCUACCCUGGAAUGAUUAAUUAAUAAGAGAGACGCUGAUGAAACCACAUUUGCUGAACACGGCGAGGAUGCCUGCCAUUACGCUUCCUGUGCUGCUGCCUCUCACCUCUCCUGACCAAUCAAAUGCCACGAGAAUCAUCAAUCGGACUGAUUGGGAUUCUAACGGAUUACUGUGCUGUUCAUUGAUUGUGGUGUCUCUCGAUGUAACAGAGGGCAAAGAGCUCUGUCCCUCUGUUGCCCUGGGGAAUGGCAAGAGCUUUGCAAAAAUACAAAUAAAUGGAACUGCACAAAAAACUU